AUGAGUUCAUCCUCGAAUGUCGCGGAAACAGACACAGACCCAGGCCCCGCCCCCAUAGCCUGUCAGUCAGAACCCAGGGACAUAAGCCCCGCCUCCAGAGCCUGUCAGUCAGAACCCAGGGACAUAAGCCCCGCCUCCAGAGCCUGUCAGUCAGAACCCAGGGACAUAAGCCCCGCCUCCAGAGCCUGUCAGUCAGAACCCAGGGACAUAAACCCCGCCUCCUGUCAGUCCAGACCCAGGGACAUAAGCCCCGCCUCCUGUCAGUCAGAACCCAGGGACAUAAACCCCGCCUCCUGUCAGUCCAGAUCCAGGGACAUAAGCCCCGCCUCCUGUCAGUCAGGACCCAGGGACAUAAGCCCCGCCUCCUGUCAGUCCAGACCCAGCGACAUAAGCCCCGCCUCCUGUCAGUCCAGACCCAGGGACAUAAGCCCCGCCUCCUGUCAGUCAGAACCCAGGGACAUAAACCCCGCCUCCUGUCAGUCCAGACCCAGGGACAUAAGCCCCGCCUCCUGUCAGUCAGAACCCAGGGACAUAAACCCCGCCUCCUGUCAGUCCAGAUCCAGGGACAUAAGCCCCGCCUCCUGUCAGUCAGGACCCAGGGACAUAAGCCCCGCCUCCUGUCAGUCCAGACCCAGCGACAUAAGCCCCGCCUCCUGUCAGUCCAGACCCAGGGACAUAAGCCCCGCCUCCUGUCAGUCAGAACCCAGGGACAUAAACCCCGCCUCCUGUCAGUCCAGCCCCAGGGACAUAAGCCCCGCCUCCUGUCAGUCAGAACCCAGCGACAUAAGCCCCGCCUCCUGUCAGUCAGAACCCAGGGACAAAAGCCCCGCCUCCUGUCAGUCAGGACCCAGGGACAUAAGCCCCGCCUCCUGUCAGUCAGGACCCAGCGACAUAAGCCCCGCCUCCUGUCAGUCUGGACCCAGGGACAUAAGCCCCGCCUCCUGUCAGUCCAGACCCAGGGACAUAAGCCCCGCCUCCUGUCAGUCAGAACCCAGGGACAUAAGCCCCGCCUCCUGUCAGUCAGAACCCAGGGACAUAAGCCCCGCCUCCUGUCAGUCAGAACCCAGGGACAUAAGCCCCGCCUCCUGUCAGUCAGGACCCAGGGACAUAAGCCCCGCCUCCUGUCAGUCCAGACCCAGGGACAUAAGCCCCGCCUCCUGUCAGUCCAGACCCAGGGACAUAAGCCCCGCCUCCUGUCAGUCAGAACCCAGGGACAUAAGCCCCGCCUCCUGUCAGUCCAGACCCAGGGACAUAAGCCCCGCCUCCUGUCAGUCCAGACCCAGGGACAUAAGCCCCGCCUCCUGUCAGUCAGGACCUAGGGAUAAAAGGCUGAGCGGUGCCGUGGGCCUCAUGAAGAAGGACUUCCUGAACGUGUUCAAAGAGAAAGAGGUCAAAGGCCCAGGGUCAGAGCGCUCACAGCUGAACGUCCUCAGAGACGACCUGGACCUGUUCAAGAACGAGCUCGCCAUCUUCACCGGCGACAUCACCGGCAUCCUGAGGAGGGGGCUGCGCAGAGACGGCCCUUUCAAAAUAAGAGAGGACAGGCCACAGGAACAGAGAUGCAGGGAGAAGGAAGACACCGCCAAAAUAAAAGUCCACAUAAAAAGCAGAAGGGAGCGAGACACUAAAGAGAGUUUCACAAUCAGAGCUCGGACUAAAAGAGGAGAUGCCAGACGAGAGAACGGAUUCAAAAUGAAAGAAGAGGAAGUGGAAGAAGAGGGAGAGAAAGAGGUCUCCUUCAAAAUAAAAGCCAGUGUCUCAGAGAAGCUUUGUGCCGAGGGAGAAACCCAGGAGAGCUGUCAGGAGGAAGAGUCAGGGAUGAGAGAGAGUGAGGAGGAUUUCAAAAUAAAAGCCAAGGUAAAACAAGAAGGCAACGGCUCCUUCAAAGUAAAAGAGGAAAGCAGCGAUGAGUUCAGCGACUGGGAGUUGGUGCGACCGGAGGAAACCACCGAAGAAGAGACAGAGGCAGGUAAAUGA